AUGACUGAAAUUAAACAAAUACGAAAUAAGAAAUUAUUACCGGAUUUGCGAAAGGAAGGAGAAUUGUUAAAAGAAAUUGUUUUAUCGACCAAAGAAAAGCACGGUGUUCCAACAGGCUCCAGGCUUUUUUCUCACCACACUCUCGCUAGUGUUAGAAAAUUAAGUUUUUAUCAUCCUUUCUUUUUACCACACGACAGUUUAGACUUAGUCUUAGCAGCGACUUAUAAUCACUCAAUUGAGCGUUUCGCUGAUAAGGAGGAUUUAUAUUUGCAGCCAGAAACCAUCGGUUGCAAUACUUGGCGUCGUCUUAGGAACACAUACGAUAAGCUACCUCCCGUUAAGAUACCUUUGGGUCAUCCAAUGAAACGUGGUGGUAUAACUGAGAGGAAGUCACCUUUCAGCGUGAAGCUCAUGAACUCGGGCGUACACUCGUCACAGACUAAUCCAGGCUACAGCAGGCAACCUGCUGGUGGAGCUAUAUUCUUUUAC